UGCUCCAAGGGGCGGUGUCCGUUGGGCUGCUAGAGGAGUGUGUACGCACCGUGUGCUCAACCCAAGACUGCAUCGCAUCUCUGAUACAUGUAGAUGCUGGUUGAAAUCCCAGGUAGUCUCAUAGAGGAUUUCAACGGUUCCUAUAGUACAUAUACAAAAAAAACUUUAGUCGUAGGUCAUGCCGUUGAACAGACAAUAUCAUUAGUAUACUGAACUUUUAUUCGAUUCGACAAUUCAAGUCUUCGGCACCAGCGAGAAUCCAAGAGAGGGACCCAAGUGUUGAGCGGAGGACCAUUCGUCAUGGGAGCGCAGGGGGUCGUCUGGCCCGGGUUUGGCCUCAUCAUGUGUGGAUAUCUGGCGCUUUUCACUUGGGCGAUUAUUCCCAUAGUCGAGGCGGGCUGCGGAGAGAGAGAAAGCCCGAACUGUUGUACGGGACGGAAUAACGAGUGCUUUGAGUACACCAAGAGAAAGACGGCGUGCUAUUGUGAUACCUAUUGUCAGAAAACAGGUGACUGCUGUGAUGACUAUCAGCGUGUGUGUCAAAUAUCUGCAGCCAUCGACUGUGUGGUGGGCUCCUGGGGGCCCUGGUCGCCAUGCACGUCCCCCUGCGGGGUGGGCAGCACCGAGAGGAGCCGCCAGGUGUCUGUGCCCCCGAGGAACGGGGGAACGCCCUGUCCUGACCUCCGGCAGCGGAGGGGCUGCUAUGGCAACAACGCUGUAUGCAGCACAUCUAAAGAGGUGGCUAAAAUCCUGCCUGACUCCUUCAAGCGGAUUUUCAAGGACCCAUGGAGGCGACCACACAUGCUGAUGAAGGAGGAGAAGGCCAGCUACUGCGUGUACCUGCGGGUUAAGCAGUCCAGUGCGGCCUGCAAACUGAAGCUGUGGAGCGCCCAGUUGGUCCGAGAGAGACUGGUGUGUGCCGAAUGCCAGAGUGACGCCAUGUCCAAAACCGACCGCUGCAGCGGAGACGGCAUCGAGAGCACCAGGACCUUCUGGGCGGCGGCCUCCGUGCCGGGUUGCCAUGGUUCCUGGGUGCGGGAGUCGUCGACGGAGGGCUGUCGCUGUGCGCCGUACUCGCUGCUGUUUGUGUGAGCAGCCUCCAACGACCCCCCCCCCCCGUGCACACAGCCACGUGGUUCAUGGGGUUAUGACCGCCAAUACCUUUCGUAAGACCCAUAACCCAACCAA